UACUACAAGUCCUGAUUGCCAGGAUCAUUUUAGGCUUUCCAGGUUGCUACCAAGCUGCGAAGUGUGGUCAUUGGGAACUGUACGGCGAGAGCAGAGUCUAACUGAUAUCUCCCUCGCUCCCACCCCAGUACUAAUAUUGCUCUGGGAAAGGGCAGCCCUGGCAGAGAGAUGUUAUAAUUUCAGAGUCAUGUUAAGCAGCAGAUAGUUUUUAUGAGAUUAUUUUCCACAAUUUUCCACAACCUUAUUUCAUCUGUUCCCACCCACCUGAUAUUUCAUAGGGCAUGGGAUGUGGAUUCUGCAGAAAACAUGAAUCGGCGUCCAAGCACAUGUUAAAUCACCAUUUUUGCUUUUUUUUAAAUUAAAGUGAAUCUGAUGCCGUUUGCCGAAUAUUUCAAUGCCGUUUAAAACUCGAGUAAUAAUUUCACAAAAGCGACGCAUUAGGAACAUCUCAUGAAACAGAAAGAAAAUCCAUCUUUCGGGAUUUCAGACUUCAUUGCGAGUGUUCGGAUCCUAUUGCUAAUCCCAGCUGUGCCUACGCCUGACUGCCAGGAUCCAGCUGUGGACUGGUUUUAGUUUUCAUCCUCUUACCUAUUUCCAACUUUGGUAAAGGCGGCAAAUGGGGAUUAUAAUUCCAUCUUUCACUUGCCCUUGAUUUGCAAAAAAAGGCAUUGAUAAUAUGUCUCAUAUCCAGCAGAUGUAUUUGCUGUGUGAGGACACACCACCACCUAUCGGACUGAAGUUGGGUUUACAUUUGGACACGACGGCAGUGUGGAAGUUCCCAUCAGCAUUUAGCAUCCCUGCACCGAAUCUCUGUUCAGACGUAUUUGUCGGCGCAGAGAGGAAGUAUCCUAGCACGCCAGGUUUGGGCGCUGCUGGGGGGUCCCUUUGCUUGGUGUGCCACCCUCGGGGGGGAAAAUGUAACUCAUGAAACAUGUUGGCCUUGCAUCUCUGGAUUUGCUGCUAACCUGCUUUCUACUUGGCACGGAAAGAACGGCAGAUCAUCACUGACGCUCGCCUCCCCCGCUUCAUGGCUUUGUCUGAUUUCAGUCGCCGGAUAGAAGCUUUUUAAUUUUGCAAACCUUUUCCUCGCAAGUCAGAGAUUUCCUUGCACUUGCCCAAGAGAAACAGCACGCCAGUCAUUAUUCUUAAACGUAGACUGAUGUCACGUGCUGCCCCUUUCUGCACGUGCACAGAGCGAUAUCCAUCAUUCCCACUCAGUUUUCUCACUCUUUUUUUUUUUUUUUCCUAACCCAUCGUUUCUCUGAUCUAUUCAAGAUGGUUGAUUUUACAUUUAAGCAGUACUAGCCUCUCUCAUUUUGGGUCUUCGACACCCAUUACGCUUUGCAUCUUGAGUAGCUGAGAGGGGAGGAGAGGGGAUCAAAGUGCUAUGCUCCCUUCCCAUCGCCCUGCCUCAAAAAAGGAUACAGCAGAAAUAGAGACCGCAGAGAUGCCAUUAGCUCUUCACCUUGUCUGCUAGCUUGCACUCAUGCAGUCUCGAAGUGACAAGUGAAUCCCAGGUGACGUGUCCUCCGCCCGGAGGAGCAAAUGAGCACCCCCCUACCCCGACCACCCCGACCAUCCGGAAGUGGAGUGAAAUAUUUCUGAUUACCUGCUGGUCCUUGGGCCUCCAGAAACGAGACCCCUGCUCCGUGCAUCAGAAAGAAUACGAUGGAGGGCACUUUCCCUCUCCGAAAUCCUUCUGCUCCUGGGUAUGACCAGAACCCAUCAGUCCCUUUGCUACCAGGGGCUCCCAGGGAUUUGGAUGAGCUUGGAUAUAUAAUAUGGCUGAGAGAGAGGCUAGACAGAUGCUCAUGGGGGGCAAACCUGGCAGAGACGCUAGAGGUAGGAUAUGCCUGAUGAACGAGUUGAGGCAUUGAAAGAUUAAAUAAAGAAAAACUCCUUCACAGUCAGGGCGUCCACACUGUGAAAUAAGCUCCCUCCAGAGGUGGUCCAGUCACCUACCCUGGAGAUCUUCCAAGAGGAGACCGGACGGUCACCUCGCUGGGGUCGCUGGACCCCCAGUUACCUUUCCUGCCUGGUGCAGGGGGCUGGACCCGAUGAUCUUCCGAGGAGCCUUACAAUCUAUGAAACAACAUAUCUGGUUUAUGCCAUGCAGAAUAUAUGACUCCGUAGUGAAGACGAAGACGACACCAGCCUUGAGCCACCCUAUAAGAAUCCCAUAGAUCCCCCCAUCGCCCCUUGUUGAAACAGCUCGUGACAAACACUCGUCCCUCUACAACACCAUAACCCUCAGACACAGCGAUGUCAGGACCAAGCCUUUUUAAGGUCCCUACCAUGAAAACUAGCCCUCGCUUUGGAGGUGACCUGUCCCAGCACCUUAAGGAACUUAGAACCUCGGUUGUUACCUGGAUUUCUUCCCCCGAGUAACCAUCAAAACAGAACGUCCCAGCCGCGGCAACCACGUCUGGAGCCAGUUGCCCUAGACGCAGCCAAAGAGCGGUUGUGCUAGACUGUCAUUCGACCUGCCGCAGCGAGGAUGCAGCAGCCCAAGCUGUUCUACCAGCACCAGGAGACCUACGGUGCCAGAUCUCUCGACCAAGCAGACUGCCAAGCGAACAGGCCACUUCCAGCAUUUGUCCUCCCAGAAACCCUGACCUCAGUAGGAACGUCCAACCUGUAUCAGACCUCCAGUCAAGACAAAGAAGUUCUCAUGUCGCCGCCUGCAGGUUUCCAGAUGGCUCCCUGCGGAUGUUUCUUCGAUCCCCGGAUAUACCGUAUAGAAUGGGCAACGACCAAUUUUGUGCAGCCAUCUGUUUAUAAGCUCCCCAGCGGCUCGAAUUCGCAGACCCCGUACCUCCUGGAUGCUCAGAGAUACCUCAAGAGCCCUGUACAGACCGUCCCGUACCCGCAUUAUCAGCAAAUCCCCAGCAACCCCCAAUACAUCAUGCCUUAUUUCAAUCAAGAGGGCCUCACCAGCGUCACAGAACAAGUUAAUUUUGUCCCCAACCCACUUCACGACUCUCAGCUCGUUGAGGUGCCUCAUCUCCAGGAAGAAGGCCAAAUUCAGAAGAGCGACCACAAACUACCCCAGCUCCUUAUCACAUUGCCUGGCCUGAACCAGAAUGAGACCCCCAUCCAAGUCGGCACCCUCAACCACCUGGAGGAAAGGCUAAAUCAGACGACCGACCCUGACCCAAGCCACCACCUGGAUUUCCAAGUGUUUGAUGGUUACCAAGCUGAGGGGAGAGACCUUCAAGAAAAUCAUGUGAUCCAGAACCUCCUAGCAAACCCUCAGACCCCGGACGUGUGCAUGGAAGAGCAAAAUCCCCUUCCGAGCACCGGUGCUGAAAAGGCACAGGUGGUGCCAGAGGGGACACCCUGUCCUCCGCCGGACAGCAUUGCAGCUGAAGAAAGAGAAACGGCGGACGCACAAAAAUCCUUCGACCUGCCCGAGAAGGUUUUGCUGGAAGAUGCAAUGAAACUUUUUGGUUGCUCUCCAGCUAACUCGGACUCUGAGGUCCCCAAGGACAACUUGAGCCGCCCCCCUGAGCCCAGCAAGAGGAAGAGGAAAGACUGCGACUUCCCAAGCGAAGACAUGAGCUCACUGAAGCUGCCAGAGGAGCUGCUGUCCUGUGCCUACAGCGUGCCAGAGAUUUUAACCACAGUGGCAAGCCUGGAUUAUUUCUACGACAUCAAAACCAACGAUGAGGAACCAAAGUGGGAGUUCGGACGGGCGCUACCAGCUCCCCAAAACCGUGCAUCGCUCCAGGAUGGCCUGCAGGAGCCCCAGAGGAAAAAGAAGCGAAGUAACCCGUCUGCUAAGAAAGGCAAACACAGAGCCAGCAAAUGCAAAGCUUCUUCUGCACAGGAUUGCUGCAUGUCCCAGGGGCAGGACUGCCCCAUGCCAGCUGUCUGACUGGCACCUUCCCUCUGACUGUACAGAAGCAAUUCUGGGCCGGGGCAGGCCCGCUGAUUGCAAUGAAUGACUUGAUCAGAACGGACAUUCCUUUUAUUCCCCCAUUAAA